AAAUGCUUGAUUAUUAUGACAACAGACUCACAUUCGGCGAUAGACAGCACGAAGUAAAAUCAGUUCUACCCUUUUAAAACCUUUAGAGGCCCAUUUUCAUCAUGAGGGAGAUCGUUCAUCUUCAAGCCGGCCAGUGCGGUAACCAGAUCGGUGCCAAGUUCUGGGAGGUGAUCUCUGACGAGCACGGCAUUGACCCUACCGGCACAUACCACGGUGACAGCGAUCUUCAGCUUGAGCGAAUCAACGUCUACUACAAUGAGGCCACAGGAGGCAAAUACGUUCCACGUGCUUGCCUUGUCGAUCUUGAGCCAGGUACCAUGGACUCUGUCAGGUCUGGACCAUUCGGUCAGAUCUUCAGACCUGAUAACUUUGUCUUUGGACAAAGUGGUGCUGGAAACAAUUGGGCCAAGGGUCACUACACAGAAGGUGCUGAACUCGUCGAUUCCGUCCUCGACGUUGUCCGAAAGGAGGCUGAGAGCUGCGAUUGCCUGCAAGGAUUCCAGCUGACACACUCCCUCGGUGGUGGGACUGGAGCAGGCAUGGGAACCCUCAUGAUCAGCAAGAUCCGUGAAGAGUACCCAGACAGGAUCAUGAACACAUUCUCAAUCGUGCCCUCACCGAAGGUAUCUGAUACCGUUGUUGAGCCCUACAACGCCACCCUCUCCGUCCACCAGCUUGUUGAGAACACAGACGAGACCUUCUGUAUUGACAACGAGGCUCUCUACGACAUCUGCUUCCGAACUCUCAAGCUUACCACACCAACAUAUGGAGAUCUCAACCAUCUUGUCUCUGCCACCAUGUCUGGAGUCACCACCUGUCUCCGAUUCCCCGGUCAGUUGAAUGCUGAUCUCCGUAAAUUGGCUGUCAACAUGGUGCCCUUCCCACGUCUUCACUUCUUCAUGCCAGGUUUCGCCCCACUCACCUCCCGAGGAAGCCAGCAGUACCGAGCCCUGACCGUGCCAGAGCUUACCCAGCAGAUGUUUGAUGCCAAGAACAUGAUGGCUGCUUGCGACCCUCGUCACGGUCGGUACCUGACUGUUGCUGCCAUAUUCCGUGGCCGUAUGUCGAUGAAGGAGGUCGACGAACAGAUGUUGAACGUCCAGAACAAGAACAGCAGCUACUUCGUCGAAUGGAUCCCCAACAACGUCAAGACUGCCGUAUGUGACAUUCCACCACGUGGUCUUAAGAUGUCAUCCACUUUCAUCGGCAACAGCACGGCCAUCCAGGAGCUGUUCAAACGUGUCUCUGAGCAGUUCACAGCCAUGUUCCGGCGCAAGGCUUUCUUGCAUUGGUACACUGGUGAGGGUAUGGAUGAGAUGGAGUUCACUGAAGCCGAGUCUAACAUGAACGACUUGGUGUCCGAGUACCAGCAGUACCAGGAUGCCACGGCCGAGGAGGAGGGAGAGUUUGACGAGGAGGAGGGGGAGGAUGAGCAGCAGGAAGCUCAGUAAAAACAGCAAGUUUGACGAGGGGGAGGCGUAAUAAUAAAACUUACUUUUCGGGGGGGGGGCAGAGUGGGGAAUCAUAAGCUGGAGAAAGAACAAAAACUUCAUGAACAAAAUGGUCGAGAAAAAAUAUCGCACAUGAUUGUAUGACGAACAGCGUCGUUGCCAGAAUUCGUCUGAUAGUGUUCUCAACUAUGACAUAAACUUCACCAACAAUAUGAGUCACAAAGUCACGGCUAACUUGAGCGACUUGGUGUCUGAGUACCAGCAGUACCAGGAUGCCACGGCCGAGAUAUUGCUUAAAAUCUUCCCUUGUCCAGUUUGAGUUUUGCUGCCAUUCCACAAAUGGCAUACUAUCCAUCCAAAGAGGCUCGGCAAGUUCUAGUGUUGCUUUUACAAAGUAACCUUUGCCGAAAGUGAUGUUCUUCUUCAGAGAAUAAAUAAUUGUUCAACAAAA